AUGGAAGCACGUGAGGUGCUAAGUUUGAGAAUUCAAAGGUGCUCGUUACUUUUGUUAGACGAGGAAGAGAGUGGUGUUUAUAUUCGCGCACAUAAUGCUGUGCAUGAAGUCACUAAUGCUUUAAUGAAUGAGCUUCCAGAGGAAAAGAGUCUUGAAGCCGUGAGCGGAGCUCUAAGGUCAUUUAACAAAUUCAUAAACGACGGGUCACUUGUAAAUUCUGAUGACCCUGACUCUAUCGCUAGCAGCAACCAAGUUGUUCCCCAUUUGAAAUCCUUUAUUUUGAAAGUUGAAAAUUUGUUCUGUGCAGAGAAACUACCCAAAGUUCUCACCAAAGAGGACAUUUUCAAAGUUCAGGGUCUUCCAGGCAUGUUUGGAAACCUUGGGCAGGUGGCCCAAAAGCAUUUGGACUUUUGCACAGCGAAGAAGUACUUUCAUUUAGCAUUGGAAAUUACCAAGUGUGAUAAACGUUUUCGAGGUGUUGAUGCAGCAAUCGCCAAUUUUUACAUGGGUACCAUUCACCAGGACCUUGGUGAUUUUCAUCAGUCAAAAAAGUACUUUGAAUGUGAAUUAUCUAUUCGACUGAAAAAACAAGGACGCAGGCAUGUAGAUAUCGCAGCCACUUAUGGGAACUUGGGAAACAUCCACCUUGGCUUAGGAGAACUUGAGAUAGCGAAAAGCUAUUACGAUCGGGCGCUUGUCAUUAUUCACGAUAUGGGUGAACAUGAGCAUGUUCAUGUUGCGACUACCUACAAUAAUUUAGGAGACGUUCAUCGUGAAUUGGGUCAUCCAAAGCAGGCAAGGGAGUACUACAAUCAUGCACUGAGAAUUCGACUGAAACAACUCGGUCCGAAUCAUAUUCAUGUCGCAGCUACUUAUGGCAGCCUAGGAAGCAUAUCUCGACAGUUGGGAAAUCUGGAGCAAGCGAAAGAAUACUAUGAUCAUGCACUGGCUAUUCGAACGAUUAAGCUCGGACCUGAGCAUGUUGAUGUUGCAACUACAUACAAUAACCUUGGCAUUAUUCAUCUCUUGUCCGACUCCCUCGAGCAGGCUAGAGAUUAUUUUGAUCUUGCAUUAGCCAUUAAUCUGAAAAAACUUGGACCUGAGCAUGUCCACGUCGCAGCUACUUAUAAUAACCUCGGUAACGUUCAUGCUGAACUUGGUGAUCUGGAAAAAGCGCAGGAGUAUUAUGAUCUAGCACUGAUCAUCGGUCAGAAAUUGGUCGAUGAAGAUCAGUUGAAAGACGAAGGUCCUAAACGUCUAUUGCGUGAUCGUGGGAAUACUUGUACACUACUUUAA